AUGUCUAAACUUGAUGAUGAUCUAGUAUCCAAGAAUAUUGAAAAUGAUCUAGUAGCAACUUGGACUGUUCCAAUGAGUGACAAAGUUUAUAAAAUAGAAUUCGAGCAUGGAACAACAACUGGAAAAAGAAUUUUGAGAAUUAAUGGAAAGGAAAUAAUCAAACACGAUUGGAUGUUUAAAUUGGUGGGUAGAGAAAUAUUUGAAUUAAACGGGGUUAAAUGCUCGGCAAGUUUUUUAAAAAAAUUAUAAAGUUGAACAAAUUUAAAGGUCAAUAUUGAAGCUGUAGGAAUUUUUGCUUACGAAUAUACGCUUCAAGUCGGAGGGAAAACUUAUGAAAAAUUUCGAGAGCAACAAAAGAAGGCAUUACAGGUGUGUAAAGAUAAUUAUACUUAAUAUCGGGUAGCACCCAAACCCUUCAAUGUCGGGAGUAUCUGAAAUCGGAGCUUGCCGGGAAGGCAUGUCGGAGUUCAGGGUCAGAAUUAAUUUAAGAUAAACGGUUGCUGAGGUAG